AUGAAGCUCUCCCUGGCCCUUACGUCUCUCGGUCUCUGUAUUGCGCCAGCGUUCGCAGAGCCAAUCGGAUGGAAUCAGAUGAUAUUGACAUCAGACGUGGAAACUUGGGCAGAGACUCCCGAGUCGCAGAAAUGUAUUGAAAACUGGGAGCAGUACGUCUCCCUUCAUGCAGGUCCUCCGGAUACCCCUACUAAUUCCUAA